CCACGAUGUCAUGACACACUGCAUUUUCAAUAUACUCUUGUCUGUAUAGUUCCUUAUGCUUGCACAUAGCGACACGCCGCCAAUCACAUUUGGUCCAUGAAGCUUCCGCGUUGAACACCACCAUCGAUCGGUGUACCUACCUUAAGACUGGCGCACAGCUACUUCCUCGCCCACGAUGACCGCCUCCAAGGACCGCAAGGCACGCCCUUCGCGUGCCACAACGUCCGAGUAUGCGCCCGAUCUCAGUAUCACCGCCGCCGAUGAUGUCCACCUCCACGCCGUCGGCUACAACGAAUCGCCCGACCGAGGCCUCAUAAACAGCUAUGCGCGCUUUCGCUCUUCGCCCCUCGACUUCAUCCGCGAAGUAUCGCUGCAAUUCUCUGGCACGGGAUGGCGCUCGUUUGACAAUCACGUUGGCCAGCCCGAGUUCUAUCCCGGCUUCUCGGAGGAUAUGAAGACGCGGGUGCUCAACAACCCUAUGCUUGUCGCCAAAGUACGAGAGUUGGCAGAAAGAAGAGUUGAAGCAGAAGCUAAGGAGGGCUUGUUGGGAGUUGAGGCGCAGAACGGCGGCGGUGUAGGGGAGAAGGACAGGAAGGCGAAGAGGAAAACGCAGAUUGAAGAGUCGCUCCUGGAGGUCAGCGAGACAUGGACAGACGGCAUGAUCUGUAAGAUGGAGAGCAAAAACUUUAUUCGCGGCGCAUACUAUCUGGCAACCCAGCUCUUGACAAGAGCAUACCACCAGGGUGUGCAUGUUUCCAGUGAGGAGGUACUGCGACUGCGUACUGUGGCCGCUGAAGCAGCGCGGAAGAAGCAUUCGAUUAUCUUCUUGCCAUGUCAUCGCUCCCACGUCGACUACGUCUCACUGCAGAUCAUCUGCUACCGCCUAGGCCUCGCCCUACCUACUGUUGUCGCUGGCGAUAAUCUGAACUUCCCCGUUGUGGGCUCCUUUCUACAACAUGCAGGAGCUAUGUGGAUACGGCGGAGCUUUGGAGAUGAUCAGCUGUAUACAACCCUCGUGCAAGCCUACAUCGACACGCUGCUACAAUGCGGAUACAACCUCGAGUGCUUCGUGGAAGGAGGCAGGAGUCGCACAGGCAAGCUUCUACCUCCCAAAUUCGGCAUCUUGAGCUACAUGCUGGACAGUGUGGCGAGCGGGCGCGUUGACGAUGCCAUCAUCUGCCCAGUAUCGACGCAGUAUGACAAAGUGAUUGAAGUCGACUCUUACAUCAGCGAGCUCCUCGGUCAGCCGAAACCAAAGGAGAAUCUCAUGGAUUUCCUAUCUUCAUCUUCAGUGCUGUCGCUCAAGCUUGGACGUGUGGACGUCCGCUUCCACGAGCCUUGGUCGCUACGAACGUUCAUCGAUCAACAACGCGAACGAGCUAGCAAGCUCCCUCAGCAGCUUGACGUAAAAGAAAAUCGCAUUCGGCUACUCAGAACGCUUGGGUACAAGGUGUUGUCCGAGAUCAACGAUGUAUCAGUGGUCAUGCCUACUGCCCUAGUUGGCACAGUACUACUCACGCUUCGAGGGCGCGGUGUAGGUAAGACUGAACUCAUCAGGAGAGUCGAAUGGCUGUGCGAUCGUGUACGUGUUCAGAGUGGUAGAGUCGCGCACUUCGGAAACCUACCUACGAGUGUUGUGGUGGAUCGAGCGCUCGAAGUACUUGGCCCAGGGCUUGUGGGCCUUGUGCCUGGGUUGCCGGAGGACACUUACUACGCAGUCGACCGCUUUCAGCUCUCCUUCUACCGCAACAUGACUAUCCACCUCUUCAUCCUCCAGUCCCUUGUCUCCGCCGCCCUCUACAGCACCGUCAAACGCGGCGGCGCCCCCGAAUCUCAACGCAUGCCCUACACCGAUCUGCACGCCCAAGUCGGCUUCCUGUCCCAGCUCUUCCGCGGCGAAUUCAUCUUCCCCACGGAAGGCCUCGACUUCAAUCUCGCGCGCACAAUCGCCGGUCUUGAAACCGACGAUGUUAUCAAAGUGACCCGCAACGCCGAGGGCGUUAUUGAGUUCGUUGAGCUCAGUGACACAGAGCACGAAACCGGCCGCGAAAACUUCGACUUCUACUGCUUCCUAAUCUGGCCCUUCAUCGAAGCUGCCUGGCUCGGUUCCAUCUCGCUCAUGAUGCUCACACCGCCUCUCACCCACAGCACCUCCACAUCAACCGCGGAUGAGAGGUGGCUCGACAUGAAGCGCGUCCAAGACCGAUCUCAACUCUUAGGCAAAACUCUGUAUCACCAAGGCGACCUCUCCUACUACGAAGCCGUCAACAAAGAAACGCUCAAGAACUCAUACACGCGCUUCGAAGAAGAAGGCAUGAUCGUCGUAGCAAAAUCCAAGAACCCAAAAACACCCACGACUAUACGGCUCGUAGACGAGUGGACGCCUGUGAGGGGCGCCAAAGGGAUUAUUGCCGAUGGACCGCUGUGGCGGUUUGCUGAACGCAUCAGUGCGAGUCGCCGCGAGGGAAAGAAUAGGAGAGAUGGUGCGACGGUGCAAACCAGGGUGCUUAGUCUGGUGGACGUUGUAGGUGAGGGGCUGUGGCAGGAUGCGGCGUUCGACAAGAAGAGCGUUGGGGUUGAGGAGAUUGGGCUGGCGAAGAAGAAGGCUAAGGGGAGGGCGAAGAGGGGGACGAUGGCGCGCCUUUAAGUAACUAUCUGGCCGGGAAGAAGAGAAGACUCAUGCAUUCUGUUCGAGCGACUUUGAAGCAAAGAGGCUCGACACAUAGGUAUCAAGCGCGGCAUUUGAUCCAUCGAAGAAAUUCGCGAUAUUUCAAUGAAGUAGGGAAGUGGAGUCACAGUGCAG